UGAAAUCAGAACAGAAAAUAAUUCGAUGGUGGUCAGUCACUGCAGUGGGUAUCGAUAAUCGCGGAAAAAACAUAUGAUAAAUCGCAUAGACUGCUUCCAAUAUUGACGCUAUUUAAUCGAUUUAAAUUGUUGGUGGCCAGAGUACAAAAAUAAAGAUUGUUUUUGUAGUUAGAUAGUUUAUAUAAACAGACUGGAAAGAUGAAUGUGCUACGAACUAUUCGAAACAAUUGGAAAAAAAGUGUAUUCUUCUCAGGACUUUUAGGAUAUGGCAUAUCCACAUUAAAGACAAACAUCGAAAUUAAACAAUAUAUGAAUGAAUUCUCCAAUGAUGUUAUGCAUGUUGGGCAAAAUACGCAAGGAACCCCACAAAAUGUUCUGGUUGUGAUGAAUCCUAUUGCCAACAAUAAAAAGGCCGAAAAUUUGUUUAAAAAGUAUUGUGAACCCAUACUGCAUUUAGCUGGCUAUUCGGUUGAAGUACUGCGCACCAAUUAUAUAGGCCAUGCCAAGGCCUAUGUAGAGGAGCUAAAUAAGUUGCCCGAUGUGAUUGUUGUUGCCGGUGGCGAUGGCACAAAAUCUGAGGUUAUAACCGGUCUCUUGCGUCGUCAGGGCAGCUCCUGUCCCAUUUCAUUUAUUCCUCUGGGUCGCGACAAACAGCCGAAGUCGUCAUUCUUCAGCUUGAGCAAACAGCAUGAGCUAGACUAUGUGAUACAAUUGUGUAAUUCCUUGGUGCCACUGUUGAAGAAUCAGUCCAAAUACGAGAGCGUUAUUCAAUAUGAUGUUCUUAACGAUGCUGCUAGUGAGGAAGGUGCUGCCCAAUUGAAACCCAUUUUUGGACAAAAUGGUUUCUCGUGGGGUCUGCUGAAAGAGCUAGACAACAAGAAGGAUAAAUAUUGGUAUCUGGGACCCCUUAAGCACCAUAUUGCUGCAUUUCUCAGAUCAUUUUCCGGCAACGUCGAUUGGCAAUUGGAUACAGAUUAUGUCUACACACCUCCAUGCAGUGGCUGCAGCAAUUGUCGUGUGCAAAGGGACAAAACGCCGCCCAAUAAAGGUUUCUUUACAAAGAAACUUGUGUCCCCUCAAAAUGGAAAGGUGGAUGCAUCGUAUAAACUAGUGGUGAAUGAGAAGUGCUCUUCAAAUCAGGAGGGAUCUAUUACAUCGAACCAAAUUAAUAUUUCGCUCAAUCAGAAUAGCGAAAACUUUGACGAGCUGGAAAGCAAAUUUAUUAAUUCGUUACAACCAGGAUGGGAAUUCAUCAAGAAUAUUCCCAACAUUACGAAUAAGACAAUAGAGCCUAAUUUUAUUGUUAAGAGCAGAACGAUCAAGCUUUAUCCAUCGGCGAAUACACCAAAUAUAUUCUAUUCUAUUGACGGCGAGGAAUACGAACCACGACCCAUCAAAGUGUCCAUUGUCCCCAAUGCAAUUAAAGUGUUUUGUUGAAAUUUUCUAGUAA